AAAUUACGCAGAAACGCGGUGACACGUGUGUGUGCGAGAGCAAGAAUUGUGCAUUCGCGGAUUGCAUUUGGAUAGUUCUUUGCUCGAGCAGCAGGAAGCAGCAGCAACAUCGAAUUGUAGAGGAGUAUUCUUCGAGUGCAUCGAGUAAAAGGCGGAAGUCGAUUUGCCAUUCUAGGCAGCGAAAUUUACGCGAAAGGAACGAAGCUUCGAAAAUGCCCGGAAGUGGUCCCGUAUAUCAGCCGACGACGGUGUCGUACGAAACCCGGCCCGGAACGGGAGCAGCCGGAGGAUUGCUGGCCCAGACGACGGCCGCCUCGUCGAUGAAGAUGCUUCGGAAACCGGCCGCCCAGAUGUCGGUGCUGAUCUUUGGCCUUAUUUCGUUGGCAGCGGGUGUCGCCAUGAUCGCCAGCGGUUCAGCAGACUAUUCCGACACCGAGCAGCAUCCGGAGGCCCACCCAGACGGAGGCAGCAUUCCCGAAGAAGAGCUUGACAUCGGUCUGAUAGUGGCUGGAGUGUUCAUCACCAUCCUCGGAUUCGUCUUGCUUGGUCUCUACAUCAAGGUGGCCGACUGGCGCCGGCACUGCGUCUGCCCGUGCACCCUGUCCAAGAAGCAGGGCCUGGCUCGGCAGCUCCAAGGCAACAGCGGCGGUCAAAUCCUGGCGCUGAACCCCAGCACCGAUCCGUUGGUGUCGCACACGCAGUACGCUCCGGUUUCGGAGAUCCCGACGCGCCAGGAGGACGAAGAGCGGCGGAACCUGAUGCCGGACAACAAGGACUCGUGCCUUAGCAGCGCCGAGGAAUCCGACCGGAUGCUGGACCCGGAUCCGAGGAUCGUCCUCCGGCCUAUUGGAGGAACUGUGGAGGAUGCCUAGGGCCAAGAGACCGGGGACGAUGACGAUGACGACGACGACGAUUGGUAAAGAGACUGGGAACGGGGAACGAACGAUGGGAGCUUGAGUUGCGUUCGCGAUUUGUUGCAUCUCUGAAACGAAAGCUUCAACUUCUUUCUAGCGCACGAACAUAGGCUUUCGUCAUCGCUUAUUGGACUUAGGACUUUUACAGAGUGACACACACAAACACUUUUAACGCUGCGAUGAGAUUAUAUUCUUUGGAAGAGAAGUGGUUUUUUAAAUGGACGACAAGAGCGAGUGACGAUCGUCAGGUCAAAAAUGUCAUGACAUUUUAUUUUUUCGACGGCUUGACGACAAUUAGCGAUCUCACUCAUACACGCAGACACACUGACUGACAUCAAGAAACGAAUCGAAACUGUGGUUAGUGACUGAAUCGAAUUAUCAAACAAGAGUGUGCGAGGCUCCAGACAAGUUGGAUUUGACAAAGAACACAAUGUACAACUUUUUUAUAAUUUUACACUUUUCACUUUUAUCGCAGAGCACGCGUCCUUCUAGCUUUUACAUCACUGUAUUCUUUUUGGAAAACCCCCUUUGGGCGCCGGAGAAGCUACAGUUCCUUAGAGGAAAUCGUUUUACUUCUCUUGUAGUGAAGCACUUUUUGUCCGAUUUUUAUAAGAGAUACGUAAGAAGAUUCUUAUUCCGUCCAAGCUUGUACUUCGGUUUUGAGGUUAGAUCCAGUGUUUACCCUACUUUAGAUUACGUAACAGUAUUUAUCUCUCAAUAUUCCAUCCACCAUUUUCUGCAGACGAAAAUGCUUUGUAGAGAGACUGUAGCUUCCCGCCGAGUGUCGUCCACCCAAACACUAUUUAACUAUAUGUAUUAGUCUAAUUUUUAGUUUAGUGAAACUAAACGCAUUUACUUGAACUUAGUUUUUAGCAAGAUAGAUGCCCAAGUGCAUUGAACACUAUAGAAGAAAUAUGGUAUGUAUUUACGUUAACGAAAGUACUUAACAAAGCAUUUGUCAUUCGUUUCGCCGUACAAAAAAGAGCAAGAAGAAAAAAAUGUGCAAUUAGAUGUAUUUCGUUUCCCAUACGGUUAUCUCAUCACCUCACUCAUCGCAAUCUGUUCAUCACAUGAGAGGCAAAAGUCAAAAUUUCUUCUGCUAGAGCAGAAUCUCUGAAAAACAAUUCGGUACCUGGUCCAUGGUUCACUUAUAUUUUACGUUUGUGUUUGGUUACAUAUCUGAAGUAGAAGAAGGAGGAAAACAUUCGAAUAAUUAGAAAUUUAAGGCUAAGUGGCACGUUAAAGUUGGCAUCGAAAACUGGGAUAACACUAAAAGAUG